AUGUCCUUCCACGUCCUGCCGUUGCUACUGCUGCUGCAUCUAGUUGCCCGUCUCCCGGCGUCGACGCCGGCGCCGGCGGUGGUUACCCACCUGCCAGGAUUCGAUGGCCCUCUGCCCUUCCACCUCGAAACAGGGUACGUGGGCGUGGAGGAGGAGACCGGGACGGAGCUCUUCUACUACUUCGUGGAGUCGGAGAGGAGCCCCGGCACCGACCCCGUCAUCCUGUGGCUCACCGGCGGCCCCCGCUGCUCGGGCUUCUGCGGCAUGGUCUUCCAAGUCGGUCCUAUAAACUUUGUGGUGGCACCGUAUAACGGUAGCUUGCCGCAGCUUGUCUAUAACCCCUAUUCAUGGUCCAAGAUUGCAAGCAUCAUCUUUUUGGAUACUCCCGUUGGCGCUGGAUUCUCGUAUGCUCAUGAUCCCAAAGGUUACGAUGUUGGAGACAUAUCGUCUUCUUGGCAAGUUGUCACAUUUCUGGACAAGUGGUUCAGCGAUCACCCACGCUAUGCUUCAAAUCCUUUUUACAUUGGAGGAACUUCAUAUGCUGGAAAGGUUGUUCCACUUAUUGCACAAUACAUUUCACAAGGAAACGAACAAAGAAGGCAAGAUGAGAUUAAUCUCAAGGGCUAUUUAGUUGGCAACCCUAUUACAGGCUUAAGGUUUGAUGAUUUCAAUUCCAGAAUACCAUAUGGUCAUGGUGUUGGAAUCAUUUCUGAUCAACUAUAUGAGGCUGCAAUGGAGAAUUGUGAAGGUAACUAUGUAAGCCCAAUGAAUAAAAUGUGCGCUGUGGUUAUAAAUACCAUUGAAAAUCUCAUUUCUGAACUGUACGAAGAAUAUAUCUUGGGUGAUAGAUGUGUACAUGAUGCACCAAAACCUGUGAAGAAUGAUACUUCAAGAAAUAGGUUUCUGUCAGAAGAACAAUUUCAGCUAAGCAAAUCAUCUCCUCAUCCUACUAUCAAUUGUUUCAAUUACCGGUACUACCUGUCUAACAUUUGGGCAAAUGAUCACAGGACUAGAGAUGCUCUUAGGAUCAAGAAGGGAAAAAAUAUCUUCCUCAAAGAAUGCCUACAUAGUAAGGGAACCAUUGGCACGUGGGUAAGAUGCAUCAAAGGAUUCCCCUAUGCGUACGACGUUCCAAGUAGCAUAGAGUAUCAGUUCAACCUCACCACCAGGGGUUACCGUGCGCUUGUGUUCAGGUGA